UGGUCAGUGUGGCCGUUGUACAUGGAGGAAUACAGCCAUGCUUUUUCUCCAGCUGCUUAUAUUGUAACAUGGGAUGUCGUCCAGCAGCCCCUGUUAGCCUGGAAGAGGUCAAUGAUUCUGAUCUGAAGGCCAAGCUGCAAAAUAUAUUGGAUGCAGAAACAUUGCCAGAGGCCCAGCAGGCUGUCAUGGAAGCCUCUGUGGCUCUGAGUUUGCUUGGCUGUUCAGAGUUUAUACGUAGCCUGGACCAGAAAACGGCCAUCGUUGAUGAAGCUGCACGGGCCUAUGUUGAGGGGCGGACCAAAGCUGCCAAGGAACA